CCAGAAACAACACACAGACAUAGAACCAUAGUUAAAGUUAAAACAGUGAGCUUUUCAACUCCCCCCACUUUGUACAUUCACAUAUCAGCAUAUAUUUACUGGGCCCAGCAGAGGUUUUACUUUCUUUAAAAGCUUAGGAAGUUCAACUUCCCUUAGGAGCAUCUGAUCCAGUUCCACAUCGGGAUCAUUCAGUCUGUUCUCUGCACUUCCAUCAAUGUUUGUUUCGGACUUGAAACUAACAGGACAGGAAGAGACCAUGUAGCGUCUUAUUUAAUUUAUAAAUAGUCCGCUGAGAGGCUAAGCAGGCUCUUUUCUGUGACUCGUUGAAUGAAAAACUUUAGUCCAAUUCCAGAUAUGUUUCUUGGGUUUAUUAACGAAAGUUAUGAUCAAAAUCAAGAAGAAAAAUGAUGGUCAAAGUUACAUCAAAAUUACGGUCAAAGAAAAAAUAUAGGGCCUCACUCAACCUUCUUUGUCUACUGGGGCGCCCGUGAACAAACUGCGCAGGUGAAAUAAUGUGGAGGCCCAACCCACUUCCUCUUACCUCAAAUCAUAACAAGAUGACAAAAAACAAACAACAAUAGUAAUAAUAAUGAUGUGCACUGCCUAAACAAAAAUAAACAAUCCAAAACAGAUGCACAUUUUGGCUCCUACAGACCGCAAUGGUCAAUCAGGUCUGUAGGAAAGAUAAUUGGAGCUGAGUUGUCCCCUUACUGGACCAGGGUUAGGAAACAGAAAAAUCACACAGCUGCUUCUUUCCUGAAUCCUGCAGCUUGUUGUCAGCUCCUGCUCUCUCAGCUGGGAGGGGUUGGACUUCAGAGCUGAGAUAAAAGAGCCACAGCUGAUCUCUUGUGACAGAGUGUUAUCUGAGCCACAUCUCAUUUCCACACUGAGAAGCUGAUCCUGCACAGCUCUGCAUCGGACACACACUGAAGGAGAUGCGCAGCAUGUUGACGACCCAGAGUCAGAACUGCUACAGAGAGCAGAUCCAAAAGGAGAUGGUGACCCGUUUGGCCUGGAAGAGCCGCUACGCCAAACUUUACCCGUCCUGCGACGAUCCACAAAACAGCAGCAGCACAGAGCCGACGCAGCUGCCCCACCUGCCUCCGGACCCCCGGGCGGUCCUGCCUCCUGUUUCCAAGACACCUGAGAAGCAGAACAACCACCCUCCUCCUCCUCCUCCUCCUCCUCCUCCUGCUCCUCAUUCUCCUCCCAAACCUCUUCUGCUCUCGUUGGAAGGAGAGGGGCGUCUCGAUGUUCCCCCCAUUAUGAGGCCCGUUUCUCCACGGACCAGACGAGCUCUUUACCAGGACUCCUCUCAUCAUGGGAAAGGACGACGACAGUACCUGCAGAGACGAGGUCAGAUGAGACCAGAGGAGAAGUUUGACUUCCCUCUGCUCUCGUCCUGGGAGUACGGGUGGAGGCUGGGUGACUACACUCUGGAUUACAGAACUCCAUCUCGUGCCAAGUCGUCGGUGGUGAAGAACACCUUCUACACCAGGAACGGUGUGUUCAGCAGCCCGUCAGCCACCGACACACUGGGCUGAAGUCCAGCUG